AUGCCAUCUAUUGUUACAUACUCACCUCUCUUUUCAGGUGUUUUGUGUUACCCCUCCUGUCCUUUAGGCAGAGGCUGGGUUACGUACAAUGGCUCAUGCUAUCUAUUUAGUAAUCAAAAGCUUAAGUAUAGCGAGGCCUUCACAGAAUGUGGACAGCUGGACUCAGAUCUGCUUUAUUUUUAUAACGAAGAUGAAAGGCUUGACUUUAUAAAGGUCCUGAACAAUCAGACAAUGGUCAGGGAGAGGUGGUGGACUUCCCUGACGGACACUAACCACGCAGGGGCCUGGACUUGGGGCAAUAACGCGGCGUCAACACUGGCCACAGGCAACGCCGUUGUAUGGAACACGGAGCCAGACGAUACCCGUCAUUUGGAAAACUGUGGUGCUCUCAACUUUCAAGGUACCGUCAGUGACGAAGACUGCUCAGAAAAACACAGCUACGUCUGCGAGUAUACAUCAAGUACCGGAUGUAUAAGCGGUUGGACCCAGUCGAACACGUCCUGUUACCUGUUUGGUAAUCAGUUUGACGUCUAUUCCUGGAAGUCUGCCAGUGACACCUGUAUAAACAACCAAAUCUCUACUAACUAUCCAACAUAUCUAGCCAGAAUCGAAACCAAACAAGAAUUGAUGACACUUGGACGGUUGCUGUCCACUAUGUCCGAGACGAGUCAGUUAUGGUGGAUAGGGAUGAGUGACCAGGCGGUGGAAGGCCAGUGGGUAUGGGGGAACGGUCAAAAGGUCAACCAGAAUUUACUAAUUUGGGCGAACGAGCCAAACAAUCUCGGAGGGAACCAGCACUGUGGUCUGAUCUAUAACAAUGGGAGGUUUGGGGAUGAGUCGUGUGACACUCUGGCUUAUUAUGUGUGUAAAACUCCUAUCACAGCUAGUCUCCCUGUUUUGAACGAACUGGGAUGUCCAAACAACAUGAUACGUGCUGGGUACAAAUGCUAUAAGUUUAACACUGCGGCUAGACACACAUGGAAGGACUCAAAUGACGCAUGUCAGAAAGCCAACACCCGACUCCUGCAAAUCACUACCAAAGACGAGAGAGACUGGAUACAGUAUAUCACAAUGCAGUACCGGGCUUUCGCCUUUUGGUCUGGACUCCACUUCCACCCUCAUGACAAAACCUGGUACUGGACCAAUGAACACAAGGCUAAUAUGGAUUUAGUGAGGUGGAAUGCUGAACCUAACGACUUUGCAGGAGAAGAGGACUGUGGUCUCAUUCUCCAGGACGGAACCUUUAACGACUUCUCCUGCUAUAAACCACUGCCUUAUAUCUGUGAAUUGCAAUCUGAAGAUGCUCCAUGUCCUGCUGGAUGGAUUCCCUCCCCUGAAGAAGAUGAAUUUAGUUGUUAUUUCAUCAGCAACACCACUCAGAAUGUCGAAGCCACGUGGUUCGAAUCACGUGAUAUCUGCCGACAACUUAUCACAAAUAUGGAUGGGUACCUUUUGGCAAUAAACACAAAGCAAGAGCUG